GGUGGAGUUGGUGAAAGUUGACCAGAGAUGGCGGCGGAGAAUGAGAGAAAAUCUCCUUCUGCAGUCUCCGAUAUGGGAGCUUGGGCAAUGAAUGUGAUAAGCUCCGUCGGAAUUAUCAUGGCGAAUAAACAACUAAUGUCUUCUUCUGGAUUCGCAUUUAGUUUCGCUACAACUCUCACCGGAUUCCACUUCGCUUUAACCGCAUUGGUCGGUAUGGUAUCGAACGCUACCGGAUUCUCUGCUUCGAAGCAUGUUCCUAUGUGGGAGCUUAUUUGGUUCUCCAUUGUUGCUAAUGUCUCUAUCGCUGCUAUGAAUUUCAGUCUCAUGCUCAAUUCCGUUGGCUUUUACCAAAUCUCGAAGCUGAGCAUGAUUCCUGUGGUGUGUGUUAUGGAAUGGAUUCUACACAGCAAGAGAUACUCCAGAGAAGUGAAAAUAUCUGUUGUGGUUGUUGUUGUUGGUGUUGGUAUUUGUACUGUGACUGAUGUUAAGGUUAAUGCCAAGGGAUUUAUUUGUGCUUGUGUUGCGAUUUUCUCGUCAUCAUUGCAGCAAAUUUUAAUAGGUUCCCUGCAGAAGAAAUAUUCAAUUGGGUCUUUUGAGUUGUUGAGUAAAACAGCGCCGAUUCAAGCUCUUUCGCUUCUUGUUGUUGGUCCUUUAGUUGAUUAUCUUCUUAGUGGGAAGUUCAUUAUGAACUACAAUAUGUCUUCCGGUUGCUUUCUAUUCAUCCUUCUCUCGUGUGCUCUAGCUGUGUUCUGCAACAUAAGCCAGUACCUUUGCAUCGGGCGUUUUUCAGCAGUAUCGUUCCAGGUUAUAGGUCACAUGAAAACGGUGUGCAUCCUCACGCUUGGAUGGCUCCUUUUUGAUUCUGCAAUGACUUUCAAAAACGUAGCGGGCAUGAUUGUUGCGAUUGUUGGGAUGGUAAUCUAUAGCUGGGCAAUGGAAUUGGAGAAACAGUCUAUUAUUGCAGCAAAGGCUUUGAACAGUGUGAAACACAGUUUAACAGAAGAAGAAUUUGAACUUUUGAAGGAAGGUGUAGAAACGACGCAAUCGAAAGAUGUUGAACUUGGCCGCACAAAAGCUUAGGCAGAUGGAUAGAAAGAAACAUAGUCUUCAGGU